ACAACAAAAAGAGCGGCAAAAGUGGGCUGUUUCUGCGGAAAAUUCCUAUUUUUCUGUUUCUCACAUAGAUUUUCAAGAGAAAAUGGAAAGUGGAGAAAUUGAGAAGACUGAACCAUGUCUUGUUUAUCAGGAUUAUAAUGAUAUUGACGAAUUGGAGUAUCCUGAAUUGUACUUGGGGGAGGAAUAUCUUGGAGGGGAAUCGGAGCAGAAAUCAAAUGAAAACAAUUCCAAUGAAGCUUCUGGCGAAAGUUCCCAGGGCAGAAAACUGCGCCUCCCUGUGAGUAAGAUAAAGAAUAUGAUGAAACUUGACCCUGAUGCUGGAAAAAUCAGCCUGGAGGCUCUUGUACUAGCCACAAAGGCUACGGAAAUGUUUGUGGAUGCCCUGGCAAAGGAGGCUUUCACCCAGACAGUUGCUGCAAAGAAGAAAACUCUGAGAAAAACCGACGUCGAAGUGGCUAUAACGCAAAUAGAUGCUCUGUUCUUCCUCGAGGGCUGUUUUAAAACCUAAAUUAAUUAAAAUUUUGUGAUUUUACUUGGAUUGUAAUAAAAAAACAUUUAUUUUUGGAA